GAAAGUUUUGAUAGAAUCGAGGGCAGUGGUUACCAACCAGGGUAGGACGCAGAGGACGUGAGAUGCCUUCUGAUUGGUGGAGAAAACAGGUAGGCGGAGCUUCGUCGCUUGCCUAUUUAAAGCUUUGUUCCACUGUUGUUAUUUCUAUUUGCCAGCUGAGUUCGACUGACGAUCGGCCCUGUACGGGGCACGUUUUUGGCACUUAUCUUCAUUUUCACGUUUUGCUUGUUGACAAUGUCUUGCGCUUAUUCCCUGGACGGGAGCUUCCCACUUUCCCCGGCCGAGGACGGUGGCGACUCCAAGCGGUUGUCCUGGGGCAGACUGCUGCAGAGGCUCGGCGAUCUCAAGGAGCUCAAUCACAGGCAGUGCAACAAUAGUGACACCGGGUCUGUAGCGGAUAUGUCCAUGUCUAAUUCCGAGAGCAGCUUGUUCUGGGACCCCUCUGAGGAGACCCUGGCCAUAGAGCUGGUGGCCAUCAUCAAAGAAUCCCUCUACUACGGGGCCGCGCACUUCCUGGGCUGCUCCCGUCUCCUCAUACCUGACUCACUGCUGGACCAUGUGGGUCAGGAACUCAUCCAUCUGGCGGCCAGCGAGCCUUGCGGCCUGCGGGGGGCGCUGAUCCAACUGUGCGUGGACAGAGGAGAGCCCUGGUCCCCGUGCAGCGUGGACGAAAUUGCCGUGGACACUGCACUGGUGCCCACCUUCCAUGUGACUCUGCUGCUGAAAGCUGAGUUGGGUGGACUGUGGCCUAAGGUCCAGAGGUUCUUUAAAAGCAGCCGGUCCCAACGGAUGUGCGAGACCCCUACAAGGCACCGACGAUCUCUCAGACUGAGCUCUGGCUUCAGGGCCAUGAAGAGGAAGUUGUACUGUUCAGGGGAGCUGCUCAUUGAAGAGUGCUCCUGACCAAAGCGCUCCAUGUCUAAAAAGCCUCAAAUGAAAAAUGGCAGAGGUGUCAAACUCAAGGCCCGGGAACCAGAUGCGGCCCACCACAUUUUAUGUGGCCCGUGAACACAAAUUUUGCAUCAACUUUGUGUCAUUACUAAAAUUCCAAAUGUCUUCACUUUAAAAAAAAAAAAGAGCUAGCAACUUGUAUUACUAUUCGUUCUUUUUUUUACGAGUCUCUGAGUUUGACACCCCUGCACUAAGGGCUAUGUUUUUGUAAAUGGUGCAAGAGUGCCCUGGCACAAAUGAUUGCAGAUCCUGCGCGAGCCUCAAUGAAAGGAGCCACUUUAAUUGGUUAUGAUAAAGUCAGCUGUGACCACUCCCACUGCGACGCAGACUUUUCUCUUGCAGAGCUGAUGCGCAAAAUCGCAGGAAUUUAGGCAGGUCACAAAAAUAGAGCCCUAAAUGCACAAUCCUCGAAACAACUUGCACUUGGCAAGAACCAGUCUCCGGCAGCUACUCACCUGGUUGCAGGUGAAGUUUUUUUAUAUUUUGUAUGAAAAUAUUUUAAAGUUGCUUGAGAAGAUAACUUUGGUAUCGGAUGAUCAAGUAUUAUCGUGUGUUUGUACUGAACAAAAAUAAAAACAAUUCUGACCUGUG